AUGCUCUCAAAAUAGAAGAAAUUACAUGAGAUAGUAUCAUAGAGCAUCUUGAAAACAUCUACUACAAAAUCCACCAAAUAGCUAAGCUAAUCAUUUAACCCUAAUGGAUUAAUUGGACAAUCUUUAAGCCCAAAUUAAAAAACAAAUUAGAGCAUGGGAUAAAAAAAAGGAAGUCACAUAAAAUAGUAUUAGCAGGAGCUACUGAAAUUGAUGACAAGUCAUAAAUAGUCAUCCGGGAAUAAAAAAGCAAAUAUGUCAGACAUGAUGAGUUAAUAAAAGGAAAGUAAACGAAUUAAUUCUGGUACAAGUCAACCAUAAAAAUCAUAAACAUCUAGCAAAUUAAGUUUUGUUAAUACAGGUCUUACGAUAAUAAUAAAUCAUGAGAAUCAAUAAAUUAAAUUUAACAUUGAAUCAUCAAAAACUACAGGAUAUUUAGAAGAAUUUUUGAAACAGGAAGUAAAAAAGCAUUCAAUACAUUAAUAUUCCUCUACAGGCUCAUAACCAGAUGAGAGAAAAGUAACAUGUGGUACUGGAAAUGAAUUUUCAGAUCUGGAGAUAGUUUCAUUUCAAACUGUCGAUAAGAACCUUCCAGUUGAUUAUUAUUUACAAUAACCUAAUAAAAGUUUAGAGGUCUUUAGUGGAUAAACAUUGAAUUUACAACCAUUUUAUGGGACUCCAUAAUAGAGCAAAAUAACACUAAAAGAUUUCAUUUUUGUGAAAUGUAUUGGAGUGGGUGGAUUUUCAAGAGUCUAUAUGGUGAAGAAGAAAUCUAAUGGAAGAUUCUAUGCGAUGAAACUAAUAGAUAAGGAGUUCAUUUUGCAACAUAAGAAAUAAGGGAUUGUUUAAAAUGAAAGAGAUAUUAUGACAGUACUUGAUCAUCCUUUUAUUAUUAAAUUAGAAUAUGCAUUUGAAUCUAAGAAUUUCAUAGUAUUUGUACUAGAAUUUUGUAGUGGAGGAGAGUUGUUUUGGUAAUUAAGACAAGUAAAAAGAAUGACAGAAGAAUAAGCAAGAUUCUACUUUACUGAGAUUUGUUUAGCUAUGUUCUAUCUGCAUUCAUUAUCUGUAGUGUAUAGAGAUAUCAAACCUGAGAACAUUUUGAUAGAUUUAGAUGGUCAUAUUAGAAUAGCUGAUUUUGGAUUGUCCAAACCUAAUAUGACUGAAGAUGAUUAUGCAUACAGUUUUUGUGGUUCGCCUGAAUAUAUGGCUCCUGAGAUGUUGUUGAAAGUGGGACAUAAUGUUUAAGUGGAUCAUUAUUGUCUAGGAGCAUUGUUAUAUGAAUUAGUCACUGGAUUGCCUCCAUAUUAUUCUAGAGAUACUGAUGAGAUCUAUGAAUCAAUACUUAAUGAAGAGUUAACUUUCCCUGAGAAAUUAAAUUUAUCAUCUGACAUUAAGAAUCUAUUACAAGGUUUAUUAUGCAAACAACCCUCAGAAAGAUUGGGAGCGAAUAAGGGAUUAACAGAAUUACUUACUCACUCUUGGUUUAAGGAUGUGGAUCUUGUUGCAAUAUUAUAAAAACAAGUACCUCCACCAUUUAGGCCAAAUCAAUUCAAAUUUAAUUAUGAUUCAAAUGAUUUGAUGAAAGGAGAGUUAGAAACUAGAGAAAAGUUACUGGGCAAGACUGGCUUACAAUAAGAAAUUAGAAUCUUUAAGGCUUUUUACUUUGACUCUUCGGAACAGAAAUAAAUGAAAUAGGAACAAGCAAAAAUAUUCAAAUAACAUUUCAUGAUGAUCACUUAAUAAUAAUUGGCACUCAAUACUAAAUUUAAAGCACAAAGAAAAAGUACAGAACCAAAAGAACAUCCAUCAAAACCGGCAUCUCCUUAAACUCACAAUAGCAAAUAAUAGAAACUCACUCCAGAAUAAUUCUAAUCUCUUCAAAAACGAAUAAAAUCUUAGUAAUCGUCCAUAACCAAUGUUUAAUAAGUCAGUACUAUUUAGAGUCCAGCUCAAUCCAAAGUGUAAGGAUUAAAGAGAAUUAUUUCUCAAAAUAAUUUCUUCGGUGAUAGACAAAAUACUUUGCCUAAUGGAUAAAAAGAUAUAGAUUACCAUCAGUUAUUAUCUAAUGUCUCUACAGAUUAAAUGCUUCAUAAAAGAGUGUCCUCCUUAAAAUAAAGAAGAAAAUGAAUUACUCAAAUAAACAUUAAUUAUAAUUUUGAAUUUUCCCUC